AUGGCGUUUGUUAAAACUUCAGUAGAAUUUUUUCAAAAGACUAGUCUUAACGGAUUUGGUUUGUUGUAUUAUAUAAGACGUCGUAAAUAUCAGCGUUUAUUCUGGUUUCUAUUUAUAUUAAUGGGAAUCGGAUUUGCUACAUAUGUAGUGCUAGUAACUCUUUUAAAUUUUCUACACGACCCUACAGUAACAGAGCUAGAAUCGCAAAACUAUCCAAUUUGGCAGAUUCCAUUUCCAGCGAUCGCAAUAUGCAGUGUGAAUAAGUUAAGUUUGUUUGCAGUAAGAAAUUAUUUACAAGAAACAUUCAAUGGAAAUAAUGUAAAAAUAAAUGAUGGCAUGUUGAAAAUGAAACUAUUUUCCGGAUAUUUUGACACUAGUUCUGUGGACUUUGACGAAGCUGCAGAGUUUCAAAAUGAACUCGAGCAAAGUAGUCCAUUCAAUACACCAACCAUAUUAAAAAGUUUAGCUCCUUCUUGUUAUGAUUUAUUGAAAAUAUGUUACUGGAACGAUAUUUUAACAGAUUGCAAUGAAUUAUUCUUUUUGGAAGAAACUGCUGAAGGUUUUUGCUGCGUAUUUAAUCAUAAUAAAAGUAAAGAAAAUAUGUACUUAAUAGAACGUGAAGGAAUUGGCGUCAUUAACGGUCUAACUGUCGUGCUUAACACAUCAACCAUUGACUAUUAUCUCACUGAUCGCAGUACUAGUGGAUUCAUUUUACAAAUUUUUAAUCCAAGAAGUUUCCCCGAUCCAUCAGUAGGAGGUGUUAAAGAGUUAUUCCUUGGUACUGACGAAAACAUAGACGUACAAUUAUUUGUCACUAAACAAAUAGCCACAGAUGAUGUGCGUAGCUAUGCAGUAGAAAAACGUCAUUGCCUGUUCGAAGAUGAGCAUGAUGAAAGCUACGAGUUAAAUUACACACAAGCAGACUGCUUGUCUAAAUGUAAAUUUAAUAGUAUGUUGAUGCUUUGUGGUUGUGUGCCCUAUUAUGCACCUAACGAGUAUAUGAAGUUUAACUCUAACGUGACUUAUUGCACUUUAGCGAAUUUAGAGUGCUUGGAACGCCAUCGAAUUACUUGGCAAACACAUCGCUCAACUGACUAUUAUACUUUGUCUAAUAGUCUUCAACAAUCAUUGCAAGACGCAUUAAAUUGUCCGAAUUGCCUUCCAUUAUGUAGUUAUGAUUUCUAUUACCAACGCCACAAGAAAUCUAAGCUCAAUAAAUCACUACACACUUACAGACGUGAAAUACUCAACCAGUAUUUAAAUACCACAAAUAUAAGUCUUAUAAAACUUUAUUUUUCCAAACCUUUUGCGCAACUAUUUCGAAAAAAAGUUGCCUUCAAUUGGUACCAAAUCCUAUCAAACAUUGGAGGCGUUAUAGGAAUUUGCAUGGGCUGUUCGUUUAUAAGUGGGUUUGAAAUAAUUUAUUUUUCAAUU